AUGGCCCGCGGCGCUACUGCCACCUCUUUCAACAGGGACGACCAAGACAGCUCGCAGGCCCAGGAAACCAAAGCCAGUAAGCGGCGUUGUGUACAGUCGGCCUGCGUGCCCUGCCGGAAACGCAAGUCUAAAUGUGACGGCAGUACUCCCGUAUGCGCAACUUGCACUGCCGUAUACAAGACUGAGUGCUACUACGAUGCUGAUAGCGAAAGUCGUCGUACCAAGGCAGCCCCCGCAAUUACCAACAACACUGGCACCAAACGCGAUGCCUCCCUUGUCGCCGCCCCCAGCUCCGAGAAUGCGUCCAACGCCGAGUCCAUCAUCAAUUCCCUGAGACGCCUGCCAGAAGAACACGUCCAGGAAUUUCUCCAUCAUAUUCGAAGAGACCCCAACCUCGACCUCGCUUCUUUAGCCGAUCAAUGGCGCAAAAACGUGUUGCUGACACAGAGUGAGCCCGUCGACGUCCAGAGUCUCGAGUCGGACUUGAGUGUGCUGCUUGGGAAGCCAGCUGUGACGUCCACCGGCCAAAGCAGACACUUCGGUCAUUCUGCUAGCUUGGGCCUGGUCCCGGAGGAUGAGAACUUCUCUGGUGGUCGGUUGCGUACCAAUAGUGUGAUGCCAGAACGUCAAGGUUCUACGUGGACCAACGUGACGGACGACUUGGCUUUCGUUGAGAAGCUACUUGAUCUUUACUUCACCUGGAGUCACCCUUUCUAUAUCCUCUUCAGCCGAGAGUGCUUUUACAAAGACUUCAGGGCAGGGCGCGACAAGUACUGCUGCUCCUUACUGGUCAACGCAAUUUGCGCAUACGCAUGUCACCUCACAGACGAUCCGGCGGGCCGCACCGAUCCCGACAACUUCCGCACAGCUGGCGAUCACUUCUUCGCUGAGGCCAGGCGACUGUUAUUCGACGAUGAAACUCCGAGCCUUACGACGGUUCAGGCCCUCUGUAUCAUGUCCAUGCGCGAGCCGAGUACUGGGAGGGAAAGCAACGGCUUUUCCUACAUAGGAAGAUGUCUUCGCAUGUGUGUUGAGCUUGGUCUACAUUUGAACUACGGAGCCAAUGCUACCCUUGGCUUAACGCCGAGUGAAGUCGAAGUGAGAAAAGUCACCUUCUGGGGCUGCUUUACUGUGGAUACAGUCUGGACAAUCGUUACUGGUCGCAUAUCUCAACUUCCUCGAGCCGCUAUAACUCUUGAUAAGCCCAUCCUGGAAGAGACUUCCAACCUCCCUGAGGCUUUUCCCGCACCUUUACAAGUCGCAGCGGGUGGUGUCGUAACCACCCGCAUGUUUCUCCAGGAGUUCGCCUCACUCUCGGAGCUCGUCAAUGACAACAACCACAUGUUCUUUGCGCCAAAGGAGCGGCUUACAAGCAGUAAACUACUCGACUGUUACCACAAAUACCAGGCGUGGUACCGAAGACUACCACCUUCUUUAGGUAUAGAGGGCACGAAGGAACCCGAGCCCCACAUCUUGGUACUACACAUGUUGUACUGGACAAUUAUCGUCCAUCUCUUUCGCCCGCUGCUCAAAGUUGACCUCAUUCACUCUGACAUACGCCCUCGCGACAUCUGCAUCAACGCAGCUAACAAAGUAUCUGAACUCGUCAGGAUCUACCGACAGUUCUAUGACUUCCGUCAGGCUCACCUGCUCAUACCGCACAUACUCCUCACCGUCUGCGUCGUGCAUCUGCUCUAUUCGAAAGAUAACAGUAUCUCUCGACAAAACCUUAUUGAGGGCAUGCAAGGUUUGGAUGAUCUUCACGAAUGCCAUUACUUUGGGGCGAGGAGCUUCCGGAUCAUAUACACCCUGGCGAAAACGUGGAAAUUACCUUUCCCAGAGGAGCUUAACAAUUCUGUCUUGAUACCAACAAGUGACCCUAACAAGUCCAAAGGCCAAAUCAGUCCUCCGGCUGACCCUCUCUUGGUACCGCCCAAUACAACGACGAUCACCGGUAACCGGAUAGGGCCUGGUCGCCUCCACCCACCUAUCGCUCAAAGAAGGGAGAGCUUGUCAAUGUUUGCCCCUCAACCCCGGUUACAGCUGGCUACACACCCUGCCAAUCCGAGACCAAGUAGUGUGGUGUCCAGCCAACACCAUCUGUCCCCUGUUGUCGGACAUACACCUUUACAGAAUAAUUACAACACAGGGAUCCCCAUGUCGACAUACCAGUACUCACAGCCCAUAUCCUCCGCAGCUAGCAUGUCUACCACAAUGACAUCGCCCGCCACAGAACCUGCAGAAUCCAUGUUUUGGAACCCAAUUCCUGGUGUGCCAGGUCCAAUCGUUCCGCGCCACAAUUACCAACAAAUAAGUCCUAUGGGUCUGGAAAGUGUACUCCACAACCCUGAUAUGAGUGAUCGUCUUGGUCGCGAUGGUUUCAAAAUCAGCGAGGAUUGGCAAUCGAGUCAUGUUGAUGGCUUUGCUACCGGUGUAUAUGGCAAUCCACACAGCCAGGGAGGCCCUGGGUAUGCACAUCGAGGAAGCUAUGCACAACAAACAAAUAAUGUCAGUUACUCACAAGACACGCACGAAGGGCACCAUCAUCACACACAAGAAGAAUAUGAUCCAACAUGGUGGCAGAAUACGAAUGGAAAUCAGGGACCGAUGAGCUGA